AUGCUGGGAGCUUGUUCUUUCUUUGACCCAUCGGCAUAUCUCGAGUCUUUCUACAAGGUACCAGAUGAAGAUACCGCAAUGCAAAUAGUGCUCUUCUUCCUGCCAGGAAUCCUCUAUAGGCUACCUCGUCAUAUACGAACUGUUUUAGACCUUGGGGCAGGACCUACUGUAUACCUGCCCGUAGCUCUCAGGAAUCAAGCUCAGGAAAUUUAUACAUCAGACUAUGCUCAGGCUAAUCGAAACGCUUUGGUAAAUUGGAUAGAGGGCAAGUAAGU